AUGAAGCUUCCAAAAUAUGAUGGAAACAUUCAUCCAGAUGAAUGGAUAAAUGAUAUUCAAUCUUAUUUUAGGUUGAAUGUUGCAACAACUAAGACAUCUAGGACGUAUUAUGGUUUAACUUAUGUAAUGUCAUUAGUGAAUGCCACCAUCAAACUCCCAAGUGGAAUUGAUAAUUUUGAAAAACUUCGUAAUGCACUUAAAGAGGAUAUUACCUUUACAGUAUUCAAGAAUACAAAUAAAAAGAAAUUGCAAUUAUUAAAAUAUAUUCCCGAGAGAGAAGGCGGCGAAACUUCAAAAUUUAUUUUAAACUUUCGCCAAUUAUGUUAUAAUGCCGACAUUAACGAUAUUGAGGAACAAAAGGAGUACUUUAAACAAACAUUUUCAUCAAAUUUUUAUUUGUAUGAUGAAUUUUCUAAGAGAAAAGAAAAAAUUAAAUCUAUAAAUGAAUUAAUUAAAGAAUUUGAGGAAAUUUCUAUGGAUGAAUCAAAUAUAAUUAGAAAUGGAUCUAUUGUAGCUUUAGAACACGUUGCUACGGGAAAAUAUUUAAGUUCAAUUAAGGAUUUACGUUAUACAACUGAAAGAAAGUCACAAUUGGUUUUUGCAAAUAAUUUGCUUGAUUCGGAUGCUUUAUGGAAUAUCACAUUUAGCGGUAAUGAGCUAGCUUCAUACACCGAUACUAAUAUAUAUUUACAACACAAAAAGUCUAAUAUCUUUCUUGGAAUUUAUAAUGAUGGUAGUUAUAAAUCUCCAGUAACUCAGCACACGGAAGUAAGUUGUAACCCCAACAGUAGUAGUUAUACUCAAUGGAAGUUUAAUAAUAGUAAAUUAGAAAAUUAUCAAGGAUAUUUGAAAUCAAAUGAUAUUAUUAAUCUUAGUAAUAAGAAUUAUAAUGGUCAACAAGUGGUUUUACGUAGUCAUGAUUUUCAAUUUACUAUUGGAAAUGAUAAUUUUCAAGAAGUUGUCGGUCAUAACGAAAGACUAGGUGGCAAUGAUGAGUGGUGUAUUAAACUUAUUGGAUUUAAAUAA